AGGAAGUCAAGUGAAGAUGCCUUGUGCUCCAUGUAAAAGGCCCAAUCCUAAAAACCUCAGAAACUAUCAGUUUCACAUGGAGCUCGGAGAAGGAAAGUUUGGUAAGGUUAUGCUGGCGACAUUGAAGAACUACAGAGAGCUAGUGGCAGUCAAAGUGAUCAAAAAGAAGGAAAAUGAAUCAGCAAUUGGGAAGAUCUUGGCAGAGGCACGGACCCUACAGAUCGCUAAAGGUUGUCCCUAUCUCUGCCGUGGAUAUGCAGCAUUCCAAUCGCAGCUGCAUGCUUUUCUUGUAAUGGAGUGCAUGAGUGGAGGGAACCUGGAACAGCUAUUGGAUAAGGAAGGUCAACUGACGACGGACAGAGUAAGGUUCUACUCCGCAGAAAUGAUCAUCGGCAUCCAGUUUCUGCAUUCACGCGGUAUUGUGCACCGAGAUCUUAAACCAGCAAAUAUUCUGCUCACCGCUGAGGGUCACAUCAAGAUUGCGGAUUUUGGCAUGGUUGCAGAAGAGAUGUUCGGCGAUACCAAAAAAUAUAGCCCAUCCGGAACACCCCGCUACAUGGCUCCAGAAAUUUUUUCAUGGAGUGGAUAUGGCGCAGCGGCUGAUUGGUGGGCAUUUGCCAUUAUACUGUGCAAAAUGGCCACCAGAAGAUAUCCUUUCUACGAAGGGAAUGUUUGGCAGAACCUGGUGGAUUCAGUGGUCAGUGAGCAGCCUGUUUUCCCAGAGGGUCUCAGCACCGACCUGAAAGAACUUCUGCAGGAGCUCCUGGAGAAGAAUCCAGACAAGCGCCUGGGCACGAAAGGAGAUAUAAGGCAGCACCAGUUUUAUAGAUCCAUGGACUGGACUGCAUUGGAAAACAGGCAGAUACCACCUCCUUUCCAGCCAAGAGCAAUACCAGCUGUGAAUUUCAGAGCAGUCUGCAAAGAGCAACCAUCAUUCUUAGAAGAGAUGGACUGCAUCAACGCUUCAGGCAGAAAAACAAUGAUUCAGGAACUUUCUUUCCUGAGUCCCAGUUGGGAAAUGUAACCUGCUAGGCUAUAAUUAUUUAUUGGGCCCUAUCAUCAGCACUAGUGCCAACUAUAGACUUCUGGCAACUCCUUUAAC